AUGCCCAAACGACCGUCGCGCGGUGGCCUCGAGGCCGAUGCCGCACGAAAGAGGCAGAAGGUCGUUCAUGAGGCUCCUACUUUCGAGGAGAUUCAUGCUGCGAGGCAGUUGCAGGGGCUUCUCACUUUCGAUCAGGACGUGAAGCGAGCGAGGCAUGGCAUCCAAUCCCUCAAAGUCUUCCUCGACGGCUUCAACACCCCCGAUGCCGACAACAAGGAGCGGUUCGCGCUUCUCCGAGAGUACCUCGACGCAGCGCGGCCCCGCGACACGAGCGAGGACGCAGUCCACCUGUCCGACGUGAUGGAGAUGUGGGCGUUCGGGGCGUCGGUCAACAACGAGGCCCUCAUGUCGGCGGUGCCCGCGGUGCUGGCGCUGCUGCUGCAGGUCGCGAGCCAGUCGCUGGAGCUGCUGCCGCGGGCGCUCGACGUCGCGCGGACGCUGCUGCAGGAGCGCCAGCUCAAGCUGAUCGCGCGGAACCUCUCGGCGCCCAAGGGCAGCGGGUACAUCAUCUCGCCGACGCUGCGGCUGCUGCGCGAGGUGGUGACGAUCGACGGCGGGACGCUGGCGAGGAGGGUGUUCCGCGCGCGGGACUCGGCGCUCGCGAGCUUCGCGAGGAACCUGGAGAUCCGGCACCUGGGGACCGAGGGCGUGGAGGACCCGUCGAAGCCGUCGGUGCGGACGAACGCGAUUAAGCUGUUCCUCAGCCUGCUCAAGUUCCUGCCCUCGGAGGCGAAGAAGGAGCUGUUGAUGAUGAAGGAGGUGUUUUCGCAUCUUACGUUCUUGCUGAAGGACGACCCGCCGUUCUUGAUCCUGGAGAUGCUGGAGGCGUUGAAGAAGCACGUGCUGCUCGACGAGAAACUGCCGCGCGAGGUCAAGUUUAGGACGUUUAAUACCAAGACGUUGGAUCGUUUGGCGGGGUUGUAUGCGUACAGGCAUGAUGUAGAGGGGGAAGAUAAGCCGUCCGUGAAGGAGAAGGUGCAUGAGUUUCUGGUGUAUACGUGCACGUCACCCGGAGCUGGCGUGCUGUAUCCUGGGACCGGGCUGUACCCCAAGGAGCUGGAGGACGACGCGGCGCAGGAUGUCAAGAGCUUGGACGACUUCGGUCUGGAGCGCGUUGCGUGGAUGGACAAGUACAAGGACGAGAUCGCCGUCGCGAACUUUGUGCUGUCCGAGUUCAUCCAGAAGCUGCGGCCGUGGUCGAGUUUAAAGCACAGCGAGCUCAUCGUCGCCAUCUUCCAGGCCGCGCCGGAACUGGUCGCGAGCUAUUUCAUCAACAACAAAUCCUUCUCGUUCGAGCCCAAGUUGUCCAUGACUUGGAUCGGGUACGCCGCAUUUCUAUUCAACACGGUACAACUACCUCUCGCAAAACACUUUGGCCCGGCAUCGGGAUACCGCCGUGUCCCACCGCCAACUUCGAUCCUCCUCGACAACGUCCUUCCGCUGCCGCUGAAGCAGCGCGACCUCGUCCGCUGCCUCUCGCACAAGUCGACGCUGGUCUCGUUCUUCGCGGUCCGCAUCCUCGUGCUCGCGCUGCAGAAGCUGGAGGCGGCGCUGAAGAUGCACCGCGAGGCCGCCGAGUCGUCCAAAUCGACCUGGGACACGGCGUCCCGCAAGCUCAUCGACGAGUUCUGCCAAAAGAUCCCGGACAUGAAGGAGGUCACGAAAUGCUACAAGGCCAUGGCGGAGGAGAACGUGCUGCAGAGGGAGGCCGCCAGCAGGCUGCUGCUGCUGUACUACGAGGUCAUCCCGCAGGUGGCGCUCCGGGCCAACUUCGACGUCUCGCCGUUCCUGGUCAACUCGCUCAACCGCCUCGACAGCAGGGGCGACGAGCCGCAGAACCAGGCGUUGGCGCUGAUGGAGCUGGAGAACCUGAUCGCGAUCGCUGGAUACUCGCCCGGUAUGAGGUGGUUUGCCAAGGCGGAGGGACUGGCGGCGUCGCCGUUCGUGGCGCUGCUCAAGCUGUACGUCGAGAACGCGCAGGGCAGGACGAAGUUGAAGGAGGUGCUGGAGUCGGUUGCCGUUCAGCAUCAGCUCGUGCUGCCGAGUACGGGGCUCGUCCCAUUCAUUCGGGCGGCGAAGGAUUUGACGAAGAGCAAGCCGAGGAAUAUUGACUUUAUUUGGGGGUACCUCGACAACUGCGCCGGCAGGUGUGCCGCGUCACCGCUCAAGUAUAUGGACCUGAUGCAGGAGAGCGUCCAGGAUGAGGUUUCUGCGAGUCUGAUCCUGGCCGCGAUGGUCGAGCAACUGCCUUUCGUUGCCGAGAAGACGACGGACAAGAAGGAGUUGGAGCUCCUGUCCAAGUUCCUUUCGCUUGUCUUGGGCUCUGCAAAGGCGAAGGGGGAGACUUCUGCGGUGGCUGAAGCGCUGGCGAAGAAGAUGACGGAGGUCCUCGCUGGGCGCGCACCGGCCGUGGUUCCGAAAGCGCAGAAGAACGUCGUCGACGACGUCGCGGAAGAGGAGGAUGCCACCGAGGACACUUCAAAAUCCGAACGACAGAAUGUGGAUGUCGGCGGCGAGCUGGACGAGUCCUCGCUCGAAGCCAUCCUCGACGUGCCCUUCGAGUCCGACAAAGACAACUCGGCGCUCCUCAAGUGGAACUCCAAGAGCGUGGAGGACCUCGUCGACGAAGGCCACGCCGCGGCGCUCAUCCGCCUCCUGUGGUCCGAGCACGCCAGCAUCCGCCAGGAAGCCCUGACCAACAUCAUGAAGAUGGCGGCCAAGUUCAAGGAGUCGUCGUACGAGGAGAAGGAGCAGAUCUGGCUCCUGCUCUCGGAACUGGUGGAGUCCUCCAGGCCGCUCGUGACCCGGGGGCCCGUCGCGUCCCCGCUGGUCGCCUUCGCCAUCGCCGCGCUCGAGGUGCUCAAGAACCCGCUGCACUGCCUCUACGCCAAGGUCAACACGUUCCUCACGCGCGGGCCGGUCUGGCAGCACGACAAGGUGCCGCUGGCGCACGACAUCCUGCACGGGGCGCCGUCGGACGACGACCGGUACUACACGGAGGUGAGCUGGCUGCUGGCGUACGUGCUGGACGGGCUGCGGGGCCCGGCGGACCUGGCGGUGCUGCACCAGAAGAAGUGGUUCGAGAAGAUCUUCGCGCUGGCGGGCAACCCGUACCUGCGGGCCAACCUGCGCAACCGCAUCCUGAGGAUCCUGUACCGGGCGACGCGGAUCGAGGGGGGCAGCACGACGCUGGCGACGCGGUUCGGGGUCGUGAGCUGGCUCGAUGCGCAGGAGGCGCGGUUCGUUGGGGACGAGGAGGUCAGGCGGGUGCUGAGGGCGCUGAGGAGGCGGGUCUGGGAGACUUGCGAUCGCGAGCGGGUUGGGGAGUGGAGUCGCGGCGGUGUGCCUCUGGCUUUGGAAGCUUGA